AUGUAUAUGUCUAAUAAAUAUGUGUAAUGUAUAUCUAACUUGUUCUAUUAUCCAUUUGUUAAUAUAUUUGAUAUAAUCUUAUCUUGUUUUACACACACGGUGCGUCCUUUCCCGCUCUCGUAAAUCUUGGCUGUACCCGAGCUCGCAUUUGUACCUGGUUUCAUUUUCAUUUUUCGCUCUUAAAACACUCGAAUAAUGCCCGAGCGUCUCUUCAUUUUUCAUUCUCAUGUACUGCUGUAUUAACUCUCCAAAAAGAAACGGAAAAAUAGGUCACAGAUGCUUAAAACAGGAACAAAGUGAUUCAGAGAUCUCUUCUCGCGAUAACACCUCUAUAUAGGAUCCGUCUACAGGGUGCCUCGUUUCAUCACUUGCGCUUUAUACAAUUGUAAACAGCAAAGAGAAUCCGAAAGGAUCUCUCAUUAAAAAUUGAACACUUCAACAAUGGGCCUCUUUAUACGCCGCUGUUCACAUCUAAUUUAAUGAGCCAAUCUCUGCAAUUUUUCAUACAAUUAAAUAUUAUUUAAUGUUUAUCCGACUGGAUAAUGCUACAUAAAUGAUAUUACUAGAAUCUGCUCGAGAUUAGUCACUUAGCGAGCUACUUAGAACUUCCUGUUUAUCAUUGUAAACUUUACAGAAUCGGUGAACGUUAUCACCCUGUACAUCCGCGGCCAGAAUUACAGAUCUGGCACAUGGACCAAAUGGAGUUCUGGGUUGAAAGCAGCGGCGAUGAGAAAAGAGACGGAGAGAGCGAGAGAGCGAGAGACGGGGAUAAAGAACAGGGGGUGGCCGCAUGCGCAUCCCUCGGAAUAGCGAGUCUCGGGCCACCCCCGCCGAUUAUGGAUGUUUAGUAUCGACGUUGUUGCUAGCGUAUCGUCGCACGCUCCCGCAUCCGAUUGCAGGGUGUGAUAAUCGGGCUCGGUGCUGACGCGAGAGAGUGUGUCCUUCCGGUUCGGCGCGAGAUAAUGAGCGGGGCCGCGUGACGGCAGCCGGGGCCGAUCGGCGACGCGCGAUCAUGCGUCCGCCUCGCUACCACGCCGCGUUAGCGUCCCUCGUCGUCGUUAAUCAUGGUCCUGCGUGACCGGGGUCUGCCAGGACACCAGCAGCAUGCCGCGCGACGACCGUUCAGGAAGGACCCGUGCACGUGUCGCCGCGAUAGCGACCACGACGUUGCUCCUGCUCACGCUGAAUAUCAAGUGCAUAGAUACCGAGAAUUUGGAACGGGGAGGUAUUUGCGUAUUGAAAGGCCUUCAUCCUCUUCUUAUCGUCACCUAUAAACAUCUCACUAUAUCUGUAGACACGAUCGGCGUACCUAAUAACGAACGGCUCAUGGUGAGAUGUCGAGAGAUAGGUAAAUACAAGUUCAUCGGCGAUUCUUCGUUGCACUGCCACAACGGCGCGUGGGACGGAAAGACACCUUACUGCGUGCCUACCACGGCGAUCUCCAAUUACACUGAAGAUGUACCGCCGACCAUCGUCUUCGGUCUACCUGCUGGCUCGGCCGUAGUAGAGCCGACCGGUGCACUCGCCGUCUACCCAGGAAGUAUCCUGCAUCUGGAGUGUCUCUUCGCCAGGAAGCUGGGCAACCCCGUAUGGACGUGGAAUUCAGCCCGCCGGUAUCUGACGGGAUGGGCGAUCGCUCCACGGGAAAGGAACUGGAAGUUCCGCCUGUCGAUGUACUAUGCCAAGCCUCAAGAUUCCGGAAUGUACACGUGUACCACACCUCAGGGAUUGAACAACUCUAUAAGAGUUCGCGUCAUAGACGUUCAAUGCCCGGUACUGGAUGCCCCGGAGCCGCCGUUAGUCAGUCGCAUCGAGGGUAGCCGAAUGGGACAUAGUGCCGUGUUCGAGUGUCCAGCGGGAUACAGAUUAGAAGGUGCCUCCAGCAUCACAUGCCAGUACAAUGGUAAAUGGUCGACGGAGGUGCCGCAUUGCGAGACGAUCAGGUGUUCAGAGAUAAAUAUCCAAGACAACGCGUUGCUGCAAUUGAACGAGCACAAUAACACCUAUGGCGAGAAGGCCGUCUUCACCUGCAUGUGGGGAUACAAGCUUUUGGGCUCGCAGAGCAUGACAUGCGAAGGGGACGGCAAAUGGAAUGGAUCUAUGCCGAGUUGUCAAAAGAUCACUUGUCCUGUACCGGAAACGCCACAAAGUGGACGCAUCGUCGAGCAACCGCGAUAUUCUAAUAAAAAGCAGAAUCACGUGCGGACAUACAAAGUUGGCGCCUUAGUGAGAUUCGCCUGUCAACCAGGUCACCAAUUGAUAGGAGAAGCGGCUACUAUAUGCACUGAGAACGGUACUUGGACUCACGAUCCGCCCGUAUGUAAAGUAAGGUGUCCUUACCCAGGUGAUCCUCCUCAUGGCCGAAUCGCUCCUCUUAAGUUUUGGUACAAACCAGGAGAUAAUAUACAGGUAACGUGCUCGCCUGGCUACGUGACUCCUCUGGAGCCAGUGAAGAAGCCGUCGUGUCGGGAAAAUGGCAUUUGGAGCGCACCGCCGCCACCCUGUCGAUCUUACAAAGAGGUUUGAUGAGCGAAUAUGGAUCGAAUACUCAAGAAUCCUCACGGACUACUUAUGCUAUUUUAUCUUACAUGGACAUUCGAUAUUCAUUAUACGGGUAGCAAACGUACAUUUCGGUACUAAAAGAAACGUGGAAAGGCGUCAAGCACUCAUUUUGUUUCCAAGGGUAGACACGUUACGUAAAGUUAAUAUUAUCGAGUGACGAGUAUAGUUACAGUUACGAUUCGUCGAGUCGACAAAUAAUCACGAGUAGUUGCCAAUGGAAGGAGCGAUUUGCGUUAAACGUCGAUCACGGAGCGGCCACUUGGUUUAUAAUUCUCUUCCGGACGUACAACGAUUUUAAUAAAAGCAAAUCCCUUUUUCUUAAUACGCCCCUAAUAAAUAUUUUCUCACGACCAUUUCCAUUUAUUUUUCAUGAUAAAGCGCGAUACCGUUUCCUCUCACUACCGGAUAGAUGUCAAACGAGUGUUAAAAUGUUAGCGGCUGACAUAGUUACCGUUCUCGUUGCCAUAAUAACUGGAAUGCAGCGCGCAAUUAAUCGGUUAAUGACAAUUUCCUCGCUUGCGCGUGAUGUGAUGUCUAAUACUCGAUGUUGCACUCCAUCAAAGGUCAAAGAACGUCGGGGAAAUGGGUCGCGCAAAAGCUCCUAAAGAAAUACAAGUGAAGACAUGGCUUAUCAAAGACAAAAUAAGUCGAUAUCGUGGAAUUUUGAAGUUACACGGUUAAGCAUUGUUUAAAAUUAAUUAUCUGUCACCCACAUGAAUUGGAAUAGACAUAUCUCUGCUUCUAACUUAAUUAGAUAGAACAAUAGAUAUUUAGAACAAGAUUUAUCUUAGGAUUAAUAUUAAUAGUCUUAUUUUACUUUUAAAAUAGAUAAUAGAAUGUUAGAGUAUACAAUGUUAGAGAAACGUUUCUACAGAUGAUAUAUUUAUGACAAUACUAUUUCUAUAUUGAUAAUUAGAAUAGAAUUUUUUGAGACAUAUAUAAGAUAGAAUAUUGUGCAAGAAUUCCCUCUUGACAUUUCCAAAAUUCUUUUCAAAGUAGCUCAGUAAAGAAUAUAAACUCU